UUAGCGACGCUUGGCGGCCUGAGGCGGGGCGGCGGGGCCGAGACCGGGAGUGCAGCCGGUGCGCCGUGGUUGCGGGGCUGUUUGCCGUGGCAGAAUGAAGCUGACCACGCAGGCCUACUGCAAAAUGGUGCUGCACGGCGCCAAGUACCCGCACUGCGCCGUAAACGGGCUGCUGGUGGCCGAGCGGCCGUCGGGGGCCCCGCGCCGCGACCAGGCCGGUCCCCCCUCGCUCUUCGUCGACUGUAUCCCGCUCUUCCACGGUACUCUGGCCCUGGCGCCCAUGCUGGAGGUGGCCCUCACCCUGAUUGACUCUUGGUGCAAAGAGAAUAGCUACGUGAUAGCUGGCUAUUACCAGGCCAACGAACGCGUGAAAGACGCCAGUCCAAACCAGGUUGCGGAGAAAGUGGCCUCCAGAAUCGCAGAGGGCUUCAACGAUACAGCACUCAUAAUGGUUGAUAACACCAGGUUCACGAUGGAGUGUGUAGAACCUGCCAUUCAUGUGUACGAGCUUCACGAGAACAAGUGGAGGUGCAAGGACCCACACAUUGACUUUUGUGAAGACUGGGCGGAGGCGCAGCGCAUCGCCGCAUCUCUCUUGGACAGCAAGUCCUACGAGACCCUCGUAGACUUUGAUAACCACCUGGACGAUAUCCGCAACGACUGGACAAACCCAGAGAUCAACAAAGCUGUCCUCCACUUGUGUUAGAAGGCUUCCCAGUGACUGAUUGGUUGGUUGGUUGGCAUCCUCACUCUGUACUGAAGAGAGGAAAAUGCUCUUUUGGAAUGUAAAUAGAAUUGUGGUUCAGUACCUUGUGUGGAGAGCUGGCUGAUUAAAAGGAGUGGCGUGUCACACAUGUCACACUGGGGAGGGAUGUGUCCCUAAGCCAUUACAUCUUUUGGUUUUUUUGGUGGCAUUCCUUGGAAGAGCUGCAAAUCAUAGAAUCAAUAAGGUUGGAAAAGACCUCAGAGAUCAUCAAGUCCACCCACCACCUCAUGACUAACUAAACCAUGGCUUUAAGUGC